CUUUUUCCAAUGUGGCCCAGUGAGCCAAAAGUUUGGACACCCCUGUGCUAAUCUCACAGACAGGAUGAUGUGGAAUAUCAAUGCCGGGAGAUUGUUAAUUUUAGAUGGGGAUAGAAGAGAGAGACUGCGGGACAAGGCUGACAGACAAGCAAAGAGAGUGCAAGAAAUGGAGUUUUUGCAGACAGUACAGACCAGCAUGGAAGAGACACUGCCCAGGAAAAACCAGAGAAAGAGAAAGGAGCACUUCCAGCAGAAAUACACAGGUGUGUGACACACGCAGGAGCACGUGCUUGAGAAAUCAUUCUGAAGACAAACAAUGGCAGUGAGCAAACAGACAGUUGCAAGAAACCAACACUGCUGACACCAAACAAGCCCAGGAUCUUACUGGAGUCUGUCGGACUUUACCAUAAAUUGUAUCCGUUUUGUUUUCUUGUGAAACCAGUCUGCUUCUCAUGAACUGACAGCAGCCGGGUUGACUGAGACAUUGAUGGAUGAUCUAAGGAACUUGGUCCGGGAGCUAACGACUGACAAGCGGCCCCCUCCAUGGGACAUGAUGCCUAAAAGCAAAACAAGAGACACCGAGUGCCGGGUUGAUAACAAGAAACAAUUACAAGAAACAUGUAACGGUGUCAGAUGUCCCCAGAUGGAGCCCGAGGGCGAAAGUCACAGAGGGGCCGGCUUCCAAUGGAGGAGUUACAAACUGUUGUUGGAUCCCGUGUUACACAGUCGCAGAACAACACAGAAAGUCUAUCGCUAUGAUGGAAUCCACUUCAACAUCUCCGAUGGAGCAUUCCUUCCAUUGGGGGAUGUGCGGGACCCCAGACAACAUCGUAUGUGGAGCAAACCACGAGAGAUAUCCCUCCCUGUUCCUAAAUUUAAGUUUGACGAGUUCUACGUGGGACAAGUUCCCCAGAAAGAAAUCACUUUUGCGCAUCUCAAUGACAAUGUGCGGGAGCCUUUUCUGGCUGAUAUGUGCCGCAAGUUUGGGAAUGUGGAGGAAGUGGAGAUACUGCUGCACCCCAAAACUAGAAAACAUCUGGGACUGGCCAAGGUCCUCUUCUCCAGCUCAAAAUCAGCCAGGGAUACAGUCACGCACCUCCACAAUACGUCUGUUAUGGGCAACAUCAUCCACGCAGAGCUUGACCUCCGAGGUCAGCAAAGACAAAAAUAUUACGACCUGAUUGUGAGCGGCUCUUACAACCCCCAGACGGUUCCAACGAGUGGGAGACGGGCACAGGACAGGCUGCAGCCAGAGAUGGUGGACUCCAGGCGCAGACUUUCCAGUGACUCCUCCUCCUCCUCCUACCUCCCUAAUAACGGAACUCCUUCCUCUCAGGAUCUGGGCUCUUCCUACAGCCAGUAUACCCCAUCCUCCUCGCAAGGCACCCCCUACACUCCUCGUAGUGGCACCCCCUUCUCUCAGGACUCUGCCUAUUCCAGCAGGCAGGGGACUCCCAGUCAUUCCUCCACUCAGGAUUCUUCCGGAUAUAAAUCCAGGCGUCAGGAGAACAAUUCUGGGGACUCGUAUUCCCGUCGUUCUGGACACCACUAUUCCCCAGCUCCGUCUUCCUCUGCAUCGUCCUCGUCCCAGCACGAUAGCAGCCAGAAACGCUUUCACAGGCACCCGCAGCGCUCCUCCCCACAGUCAUCUUAUCGCUCUCGCCACCGCAAGCCACCACCACCCCCAGAAGAACCUCCUCUGAUUGGCUUUCCUGGAACCCCACCCCUACCACCACCACCACCUCCUCCUCCCCCACCUUCUGAUGACAUUCACACAGAUCGUGAUUACCGAAUAGCCCACCCGCCUCUUCCUCCUUCAAUACCUGCACCUUCAACUGCUCUUCUGGUGCCUCCACCUCCACCUACAGAAGGAUGGGAGCCACCACCUCCUCCUCUACCUCCUCUACCACCAGCCUGUUCUCCUCCUCCUUCUCCAGCUCGUUCCUGCUCUCCACUCCUUGAUGGGGUCUCAGAGAGUCUGCCAUUCACACAACACAGUAGCAGCCUGGACUCCCGAAUUGAGGCUUUGCUGAAGGAACAACGUUCAAAGUUCUCCUUCCUGUCCUCUGACACAGAGGAGGAAGAGGAGGCAACAGCAGAAGCACCUGCUCAAGAGCCAGUCGUAGUGGAAGAGGUUCCUCCCAUUGUUCAUGAUCCAUACACCCCUCCCCCACCCGCAAGUUUUGAGGACGUAUCUGCAGAGGCCAUACUAAGAAUGGCAGAGAUUGGCAGGACAGCAAAUGGCCAAGACAGGGGUAUGCUGAUGCAGGAGCCUCCCUUCCUAAGAGACCCCAGCAGUUGGUCACGUAACUCCUUCCCUCUACAGCUGCUGUCGUCUGGAGAAGAUAUGGAGAUUUCGGAUGAAGAGAUUAAUAUGGAGAUGCCCGGAGCAGCAGUACCGCCUUUUCCGCUUCUGCCACAUUUGCAUGGAGCCGCAGGCACCUUUCAGACUCCGCCCAUUCCGUCCCCUUUGCUCCCCCUGCCCCACCAUCACGCUCAGCCCCCUUCUCCCUUCCCUCUCCUGCCCAACACUGCUGCCCGGGGAAGACUGGGAGACCUCGCCGCUGGCUCAUCCACACCUUCUGCACUUGAUCCCUCACCCUCCUCUUCAUCUGCCCCCCAUAUAUAUGACUUUGUGAACUCAAUGGAGUUAGUUAACCGCCUGGGUAACCAAUGGGGCGGCACCUCUAUGUCCUUUCAGAUGCAGACACAGAUGCUCAGCCGACUGCAGCAGAACAUGCAGGGUAAAAACUUGCCCUUUGAGGACCCUUACCCCCCACCUCUCCUCCCACACCCUAUUCCUCCUCGCCUCCACCAGCCCCAUCCUCUGCCACCCCUAAUGUCCGAGCAAGUUUUUUCCCCGGCCUUCCCCCCUUACCCUGCCCAACAACCUCAGCCUCUAUUGCCUCCUCGGGAGUUCACUGCCAGAACAGCACAGGGGCCCAGCCAAGAGAUGAGGGGUCCAGGCUGGGCCCCAGGGGGAGGAGUGGACCCCCAUGCUUCAACAAUUGAAAGUGUAUUAGCAGCAUUGAUCCAGGAGAUGAAGAACACAAUGCAGAGAGACCUUAACAGGAAGAUGGUGGAAAAUGUGGCUUUCAGAGCAUUUGAUGAUUGGUGGGAGCGUAAGGAAGAAAAGGCCAAGCCUUUUCAAAAUGUGGCCAAGCCACCUCCACGGGAAGAGGAGAAGGAGAAGCCGAGGCCCAAGGAGCCGGGCCUGCUCUCAUUGGUGGACUGGGCCAAGAGCGGAGGUUCAGAAGGCUUUGGUUUUGGUACUGGGCUCAGAGAGGCUCUCAGGCUGCCAUCAUUUAAGGUGAAAAGGAAACAGCCAUCAGAAGAUGAGGACAUUGAGCAGAAGAGGCCUCGACCGUCCACUCCAGCUGAGGAAGAACAGGAUGAAAGAGACAAGGAGACCGAGACUGACUCUAGGCAAGGGGGCAAAAUCACACAGAAGGAAGACAAGCGAGUGCACAAGCGCCGGCGUCCAUUCCACUUGGACAGUGAAGGAGAGGAGGCCUCCGAGGAGUCUGCGUCAGAAAAGGAUGACGACGAUGAUGAUGAUGAUGAACUGAGUGAUAAAGGAGAGGAUUCAGAAGAAGAGAUUUCUCCUCUCACCAAGCUCUCCUCCAAGAUCAUCGACGACAGCGACAGCUCCAGCGAAUCAGACAGCUGCAGCAGCAGCUCAUCUUCAUCUUCCUCGUCUUCAUCAUCCUCCUCGGCGUCCUCCCCAGCCUCCUCUGAUGAUGAGGAGGAGGAGGAACAAGAGGAGACCCCAAAUAUUCUGGGUGUUUCUGAACCUGCCAGGCCCCCUAGCCCUGCCUCUCCUCCUCCAAAACUGGAACCCAUCGCUGUUAAAAAAGAGACGUUGGAUAUACCACCAGCUCCAGAGGUUAAAGAGGAACAAUCCACAGAAAUUCCAGAGCCUCCACCACCUCCUUCUCCUGACCCUCUGUCGAAACCCUGUGCUCCUCCAUCACCUCCACUACAGCUCCUCCCUCCCCCCAAGAAAAGGCGUAAAACCGUGUCAUUCCAGCUCCUUCCAGAAGAAGAGGCGUCAGAAAGCAAACCCCAAAACCACCAUGUUCCAGAAAAUGCUUCUCCUGAACGGCCCGUUAGCCCCCUGCCAGAGCCCAAGCUCAUGUUGCCUUUACCCACUGAGAAGACCCCUCUUCCAUCUCCUGAGGCUCCUUCUGCACAACCUUCAGAGCUUCAUACCAGCCCUAAACCUGAGCCUGAGGAGCUUCCACCUCCAGCCAAAGAACCGUCCCCUAAGAAACAGCUCCCAGAGCAGCUCACUGUACUCAACCUUCCUUGGGACCAUGCAUCAUUGGUGAAGUCCUACCCACCUCAAGUGCAUAGAGAAGACGGCAUGGAGGAAGAAGCAGAAGAAGACUUUGAAAAGGAACCUGAAGUAGAAGAGGUCAAACCAGUUCCUCUGAUUGAAGCACCAACGCAGCCGGAACCAAAAUCUCCUCUUUUAUCAGAAUCCUGUGAGUUAGAAAGGACAGAAUCCAUAGAAGAUCUACUCUUUGCUCCAGUACGACAGAUACUCCUAGAGCACAGCUAUGCAUGUAUACCCGCUGCACUCAAACAGCCUCCUAGGAAACGGCGACUUUCCCUGGAGUCGGAGAAAUCCAAUGAACUUGUACAUGUAGAUCUUGGGCAAGCAGUGCUGGAGGCCCCGGAGGAGGUUGUUUGCAUAGGAGGAGGUCUGAUACCAGGGGGAGAUGGGGAGGCAGGGCUGCUCGAUGUUGGGCAUUUGGAAAUUACAUCACCAAGGAAAAUGGAAGAGGCUCUGGUGAAACUGGUUCAUGAUGAGCCAAAGAUCAAAAGCAAAAGGACGCUGGCUAAAGAGGCGGAGCCAGGGGAGGUAACCUCUGAGGAAGAGGAGGAAGAGGAAGAAGGAACAUGGGUAAGCUCUCGCCAGUUGAGGUCCCAGAAGAACCGGAAAACUGUCCAACGACGGUUGCCUCCUCUGUAUGAGAUUCGCAGUGAGUUUGAGCAGAUGACUAUCCUGUAUGAUAUCUGGAACAUGGGACUUGACUAUGAAGAUAUGGCCUUCCUCCGUGACACCUACGAGAGACUCCUGCAGGAGGACCACAGCACGGACUGGCUCAAUGACACCCACUGGGUGCAUCACCCAAUCACCAACAUUGCCGACCCCAAGCGGAGGAAGAGCCGUCAGGACGGUCUGCGGGAGCAUCAGACGGGCUGCGCCAGGAGUGAGGGGUAUUACGCCAUUAGCAGGAAGGACAAGGACAAGUACCUGAAAGUACUUCCUGUAGCCGCCGAGGAGCAGGAGGUGGACACACAAGGCACUAACCGGGUGCUGUCGGAGCGUCGCUCGGAGCAAAGGCGCCUGCUCAGUGCUAUGGGCUCUACUGCUCUGCUGGACAGUGAUCUGCUCAAACUCAACCAGCUGAAGUUCCGAAAGAAGAAGCUGAGGUUCGGCCGCAGUCACAUUCACGAGUGGGGUCUGUUUGCUAUGGAACCCAUUGCUGCCGAUGAAAUGGUGAUCGAAUACGUGGGGCAGAACAUUCGACAGGUGGUGGCAGACAUGAGGGAGAAGAGAUAUUCUCAGCAGGGAAUCGGCAGCAGUUAUCUCUUCCGCAUGGAUCAGGACACCAUUAUAGACGCCACCAAAUGUGGGAACUUGGCCCGAUUUAUCAACCACUGCUGCUCCCCCAACUGUUACGCCAAAGUGAUCACCAUCGAGUCCCAGAAGAAAAUCGUCAUUUACUCCAAACAGCCAAUCGGCAUCAACGAGGAGAUCACGUACGACUACAAGUUCCCCCUGGAGGACAACAAGAUCCCCUGUUUGUGUGGGACAGAGAACUGCCGGCGGACAUUGAAUUAACCCUUCCCUCUCUCAAUGUGCCUGACUCCGGGGCCCUGUCCUGUGGGACUGAUGAUGAAGCCAAAAUGGCCGUGUCACCCCCAGCACAGCCUGAUUUUUAUAUAACGUGUCGCAGAGGAGAAUGGGGCAUUACUGGGGACUGUCGUUUCUUUUUGUUCCGUUUUUUUAAUCUCUCCUUUCGUUUUCUCCGGCCGAUUUAUGGCACUUUAAUAAGGUCCCAGCCCUGGGGCGCCAUUUGCUCCUGUCCCGCGGCUACAACACCGUUUUAUUUGGGCUGUUUUUAUAUCUUUUAGAUCAGCUUAUCCUUUUAUUCCUUUCUGGGAGUAUUUUUUAUUUAUACAAGUGACGUGGAAUCCGCCACUGCCUCCUAAGAGAACCAGUUCAACUCUAAAGUCGGAUUUUCCCCAGCAAGUAAACAUGGCUGCCUCUAGCCCUCCCUGCAGCUGCAUCACAUGACUCAUUAAUAUUGUGCCAUUGGCUCACACAUCUGUCAAUCCUCAUCUUGACGUGUGGGAGCCCUGGCUGAGCUGUCUCCUGAUUGGUCAGACACAGAUGCAGCACAAGCUGCUGGAAGAGUCUGCAGUGAUCAGGCUUCCAUUGCUCUGGUCUGUAUAUAAUAUAUAUAAUGAUCUCUAGGAUACACAGGGUUGCCCAGAUCACAAGACAUAAGGGGGAAGGUGUACAGAUUUGGGGUGAGGAUGAGAGCCCCUUCUUUAUGGCACAUACACACUAACAGUUGGGUCCCUCUCUGAUUCGUUUGAUUGGCUGCAUCCUUGUAUUGCCUGGGGAUGCUAAGGGAUCCCACAAUGCAGCAGGGGCAGAGUUACUCAGCAGCACUAUGGGUUGCAGCAUGUUCUCUAGUUCCACAGCCUUACUUUUUUUUUGGUUCUCAGACGUGUUUUUCCCUCAUCCGGUCUUUUAACUUGUAUUUAUUUUAUGACGUUUCUCAAGUGGGAUGUUUUUCGUUUAAAGUGUAGCCCCGUUUCAACUGCACUUAACCCUCCCUCCAACCCCAGCAGUAAACUCCCCCGAAUCUCCUGUCCGACGGGAAGCAGAGGCUGAGCCGUACAGAAUAAAGGGAAAGUCUGCGCUAUGUGAUUAUAGAGAGAGACUCUGUUUAGUAAAGUAGUGGGCCCUGCAGCUGUGGCUGGACUACAAUUCCCAGCAUGCAUUAGAGCAGAAGCUGGGGGAGCCUUGUUGUUUGGUACAGUCUGGAGGCAAAGUUUAUUGAUGGAACAUUCCGCCUGUGUGUAUUUAUGUGGGCAAAGGGAGGCCUCCCAUUGGUCAUUGCUAUUCACCUAGCAAUAAUAUGAAUAUAUAAGCAGAGGUGGGGGAGGGGGCGCAGGCUUCUUGUAUGUGUAUUUGCUCCAUGUAGAGAGCCAAUGGCACGUGGAGCAUAGAGGGUUCUGCAUGUGUCGCCUGCCUUUGAUUGGGUGCUGCUUGCAUGUCCCCUGCUCUAUGCCUGGCUGCUCGGGUUUAAUCAUGGGACCACCUCAAUUCACCCAAAGAAUUCCCCUGUUGAUGCUCCUAUAUCUGUAAGGUUAAACAUGGCUGCCGUGGUCGGAAUGUUCAAUAUAAACUGUAAGAACGUGUGUGACUGGGGUGUAAAGGUGUCGGCUGAUGGGGGGCAUGAUGCUCAGUCUGUAGGUCGGGGGGCAGGGGAAUUUAUAUUGCUACACACACACACACACACACACACAGUUUCCUUUCAUUUUCAGGGUUAGAAACGCGUCGGGUCCUCAUGAUGGAGCCCAUUGCCUAUAAAGGCUCAUGUACCUUGUGCUGCAUCUCGUUCUCUUUGGUUAGCGGCCACUGAACAAUGUGUAAGUUAUUUCUCCAUGGGCAGUUGGGGUGCAGUUAUGGGGGAGAGGGUGACAGAGGGGGGGUGCAGGUCAGGCCUGGACAUAAAGUUGUACAUUGUGUAUAGUAACUGCUUUGUUUCUUGUAGAAACAUGAGUUUAUUACGUAUAUAUCACUGUCUGUUUGUCUCUUUAUUCCACCUGCGACUCCCAGUGACCCCGGCGACUCCCAGUGACCCCGGCACCACCAUCGCUCUGGCAAAAACCUUGGGUUUGUUGUAGAUAAUAUCAGCCGAUUAGCUCAGAGCUCAAGGCCGGGCAAAGAUCUCCAGAGCUUCAUGGUCACAUACUUGUGUUAUCUGUGCACAACUGCUGAGUGUGCGUUUAAAGGGGAUACAAAGCUUUUCUCAUAUCACAGGGCCGGGUCAGCUAGAUCCAGAUCUGAAGCU